AUGGACCCGCGCAAUCCAUACAACGACCCAGGCGCAGCCACAGGCAACGGCGCGCAGGGCUACCCACCUGGCGCUGGCCACCUCGACGUCGGCCAGUCCCAGCCCCAGACUCAGCCCGAGGCAGCCCCCAGCUGGGCGUCUCGCCCCGUCGCCUCUGGACCCCCAACCCGUGCCCCGUCGCCGACGCACAACGGUCGCUGGGAGGAAUCCGAGGAGCACCAGUCCCUCACCCAAAAUGCCAUCCCUGCGGGCGGCUACUCGAACCCGUACGAGCCCACUGCGUAUGACCAGAACCCGUACGCUUCGAACCCGGCCCCGUACGAAGCAGGAAACGCUGCACCAGGCGCCCAGGCCCCCGCCUCAGGUAGUGGUGGUGGUCGCAUUCGCUUCGGUGGCACUCCUCGCCCCGGCCGCUCACCUGCGCCGCCCUACUCGUACCCACCCAACGCCGACGGCCGCUAUGCACCCCUCGACUCGGAGCUCGACCUUCCGGCUGGUGGCUACAACGGCGGUGGCUACAAUGGUGGCGGCUACAACGGCGGCGGACCCCUGCCCCCUGGUGUGGGCCCCAGCGGACCCUAUGCCUUCCUUGACAUGCCCGUCGCCAUGCCCGCGGGCUCGCGCGCAGCCCGUGACCACGAGUUCAUGCAGCGUCAGAACACAACCUUGCGCCGCGGCAUGACCCGCAAGGUCAAGCUCACUGCUGGCCACUGGAUUCAAGAGUACGCCGUCCCAACCGCUAUCUCCGCCAAGGUCGAGAGCCAGUACCUCGCCCAAGGGCAGAAGAACGAAUUUACCCACAUGCGUUACACUGCUGCCACUUGCGACCCCGAUGACUUUACGGUCGAGAACGGGUGGAACCUUCGUGCAAAGCAGUGGGGACGCGAGACCGAGCUUCUGAUUGCCGUGACGAGCUACAAUGAGGACAAGGUGCUCUAUUCUCGUACCCUUCACGCACUCAUGGAAAACAUUCGCGACAUUUGCAACACCAAGGCGUCCAAGCACUGGAGAAGCUGCGCCGAGUCUGGUAGGCCAGCAUGGCAGCGUAUCACCAUCUGCCUCGUCGCCGAUGGUCUUGAGCCUAUGGACACGUCGGUGCUUGACCUUCUCGCUACUGUUGGUGUCUUCCAGGACGGUAUCAUGAAGAAGUCGGUCAACAACAAGCCCACCGUGGCCCACAUCUUCGAGUACACCACCCAGUUAUCGGUCAAUGCCAAGCUCCAGUACGUCGUCCCCACUCCGGGUGACAAGGAGCCCCUCGUCCCGGUGCAGAUCAUCUUUGUCCUCAAGCAGGCCAACGCCAAGAAGAUCAACUCGCACAGGUGGCUGUUCAAUGCCAUUGGUCGUCAGCUCAACCCCGACAUCUGUGUCCUGCUCGACGCCGGUACCAAGCCAGGCCACAAGGCCGUCUAUUACCUACUGACAUUGCAGAACAACAACAAUCUGGGUGGCGCUUGUGGCGAGAUUCACGCCAUGAUCGAAAAGGGCAAGAAGCUCAUCAACCCGCUCGUCGCUGCUCAGAACUUUGAGUACAAGAUGUCCAACAUCCUCGACAAGCCGCUUGAAAGCUCCUUUGGCUACGUGUCGGUGCUUCCCGGUGCCUUCUCAGCGUAUCGCUUCAAGGCGAUCCAGGGCCGCCCACUCGAGCAGUACUUCCACGGUGACCACACCAUGGCCGCACGCCUGGGCAAGAAGGGAGUCAACGGCAUGGGCAUCUUCACCAAGAACAUGUUCCUUGCCGAGGACCGUAUCCUCUGCUUCGAGCUCGUCGCCAAGGCCGGCUGCAAGUGGACGCUCGCGUACGUCAAGCCCUCCAAGGCCGAGACCGACGUGCCCGAGCAGGCCGCCGAGCUCAUCGGUCAGCGCCGUCGCUGGCUCAACGGUUCCUUUGCUGCCUCUGUGUACGCCACCAUCCGCUUCUACCGCAUCUACAGAAGCUCGCACAACCCAAUCCGCAUGUUCUUCUUCCACAUUCAGGCCCUCUACAACAUUGCCAACCUCAUCUUUGCGUGGUUUGCCCUCGCCAACAUGUGGCUCACCUUCUCGCUCAUCAUCCAGCUGCUUCCCAACAUCCCAAACCCGGUUUUCAUCUUUGGCAACCUUACGAUUGUGAGCAGCAUACCCAUUGGCGGCACUGACCAACAGACGCACUGGGUGAACUUAGCCCUCGAGUGGAUCUACCUUGCCUUCCUCGCACUGCAGUUCAUUAUGGCCCUCGGCAACCGCCCCAAGGGCGAGAAGGGGCUGUACAUUUUGACUUUCGUCGUCUAUGCCAUUCUGUCGGCCUAUCUCAUCGUGUGCUCUAUCUGGCUUUCGGUCAAAGCGUUCGCCAACGCGCUGAAUGCGGGCGGGGCGACUACGGCGUUGCAGAAGCUGGGCAACCUCGUCCAAGCCUCGAAUGGUGUGCUCGUGGCCGCCCUCGCGUCCACCAUUGGUAUCUACCUCAUCGCGUCGAUCAUGUACGCCGACCCAUGGCACAUGUUCUCCUCCUUCCCUCAGUACCUGCUCAUGGCCCCGAGUUUCACCAAUGUGCUCAACGUCUACGCCUUCUGCAACCUGCACGACGUGUCGUGGGGCACCAAGGGAAGUGACAAGGCCGAAGCGCUGCCGGAUGUGAAGACUGGCGAGAAGGGCGAUGCGGUCGAGGAAACCACGAUGGACGAGGGUGACUUGAACAAGUCGUUCGAGGAGACUGUCAAGCGUACGACUACUCCACUUAAGAUUGUUGUCGAAAAGGAGACGCCCAACAUGGAUGACCAAAACAAGACGUUCCGUACCAGGCUUGUGGCUGUGUGGCUCCUGAGCAACGGUGCGCUCGCCAUUUUUAUCCAGUUCGCCAACGGCAUCGACAUGGCGGCGUCGCAGGCCGCCAAGUGCUUUGGACAGGACCAGUCCAAUGGUGUGAACUUCAACUUCACUUCGACCAAGAUCUGCGUCUCCAACGCUGUCCAGCUUCAGGACACGGAUCUCCACAACAAGCAGCAGGCCUACUUCGCGUUCCUCCUCUGGGCCACGUUUGGCCUCACGGCUGUGCGCUUCGUCGGGUGCCUGUGGUUCUGGAUCAAGCGCCAGGGCGGCCGCUGGUUCCGCAAGAACUAA